AUGGUGUACGGGGAGAAAGGACAGGUCCUCAAGUCCAAGGAGCGCAAAGUCUUCCUCCGUAAUGACACCCUCAUCUGUGCAAACAUCAGUGUCAAGUGAGUCAGCACUACCAGGAUGCGACCAUAGAAAUAGAUUCUCUAUGGAUGAGGCAUACUGUCAAAUGUCAUGUUGAAUGAAUGUCAGCCACACUGUAUAUUAAUGUGGACCAACGCUCUUUUUCUCCAUCCUCUCCAACACGACUACUAAAGAUUUGAGAGUAACAGCAUUGAUAAUGUCAUUAAAGAAGAAAGGUAAAGUUUCCCCAAGUUUGACCUAACUUCACAUCUUAAAAACUUUGAUCAGUGAACCUCACAAAUUAUUCAUUGCACCCUACUUGAUUCAGCUCAUGCCUCAUGCCAACUUUGCCCUUAACGUGUGAAAGGGUUCGCAAUGCUUCACAAUGCUUCCCAUGCAGGAUUAUGGGGGAAUAUAUGAAUAGUAAUGUGCCCCAAAAAUCAGUAGGGGGUCCGCUGUUUGGAGAGAAAUUCAACUGAUCAGAAGGACUGUAAUUACAAUAUGUAUUAGAAUAAGGCUGUAAUGUAACAAAAUGUGGAAAAGUCAAGGGGUCUGAAAAUAUGCAGUACCAGUCAAAAGUUUGGACAUAUCUACUCAUUCAAGGGUGUUUCUUAAUUUUUUUACUAUUUUCUACAUUGUAGAAUAAUAGUGAAAACAUCAAAACUAUGAAAUAACACAUAUGGAAUCAUGUAGUAACAAAAAAAGUGUUAAACAAAUCAAAAUAUAUUUAAUAUUUUAGAUCCUUCAAAGUAGCCACCCUUUGCCUUGAUGACAGCUUUCCACACUCUUGGCAUUCUCUCAACCAGCAUCAUGAGGUAGUCACCUGGAAUGCAUUUGUGGAAUUUCUUUCCUUCUUAAUGUGUUUGAGCCAAUCAGUUGUGUUGUAACAAGGUAGGGGUGGUAUACAGAAGAUAGCCCUAUUUGGUAAAAGACCAAGUCCAUAUUAUGACAAGAACAUGCUCAAAUAAGCAAAGAGAAAUGAGUCCAUCAUUACUUCCUGAUGAGGAUUUUUAUUAAUCUAAUCAAUUUUAGAAUAAGUCUCUAACGUAACAAAUUGUGGAUUUUUUUUUUACACACAGACUCCAUUUCAACAUCUAUUUUGGUUUACAUUUGGUUGAGUUGUCAACUAACAUGAAUUUUGGAUUUAGGUUCAAAGUUGGGUGAAAAAAAAAUACGAAAUUCCCUUACAUUGAGGACUUUUAAAAAAUCCAAUCAGUUUUCCAUGUUGGAAACAACAAUGUUUCAACCUGUUUUUGCCCAGUGGGUUGAUUGUAAUUCAACACUGUUGAGUUGAGUUAAUCUAUAUUAUCAUUGGUAUGAUGAUAUGCAACCUUGGUCUUACCUACUCAUAUUCCCCGGCGCAAAAAAAACAGCACUAUAACCUCAGCAUUACUGAGUAAAAGGCAGGUAUGUUGAGAUGAAAGGUAUAAUGUGCUCUUCCUGUACUACACUGUUAUUAUGCCAUGUUAACACACAACCUUAGUUUGCCUUGCAGGGCUAAAGAAACAAAGGAUGUUGAAGAGGAUAUCAAAUAUGCACUGCUCCGUGAAUGUGCAAAAACAAACUCAUUAUAAUAGAAUAAUGCAGUUAAGAUGAAAGGAAACCUUCUGUAAAGCGAAAGUAAGCCUGUGUGUUUGUGUGUGUGUCUGCCCUCAUGCGUCCAUGCGUCCUGUAGAGGAGAUGGGAUACUAACGUUAUUCUCUCUCAUUCUUUGAGCAAAGUGAAAUCACCGGAAGACCCACAAAAUGAAUGACAUGGCUUGUUUCAAUCUGGAGUCAUGUCAUCUGUCAGAUCUAGUGAUAAUCUGUGUUCCCCCCCUUUCAACAUACACACUUCCGAUACCGUUUCAACACACUCUCUUUCAGCUUGCCCUCUUUCACAGUCUCUGUGUCUUGGGAUAGAGGAGAGAUCAAAGGGUAAGCACCUUAUUUCUGUUGACUCGGCUGAGGCCAUUGAGUCCUGAAGAUAAUCCAUAAAGCGAGGCAAAUGCUGGAUGGUAUUCAAAGUAAUCUUUCCAAAUUGAGAUUGAAAGACUCAUGGCCCAUGUCCCACAAAUAUUCCUGCAUACAUUACAAGUAAACAGUAAAUCACAUACCAGCUUGCAUCCAAAAUGUCACCAUAUUCCCUUAUAGUGUACUACUUUUGAUCCGAGCCCUAAGCGGGCUCUGGUCAAAUGAAAUGCACUAUAUUGGGAAUAAGAUGCCAUUUUGGACGCAACUCAGUGUUCUUUUCUGGAAGGCGAUCCCUACUCCCUCCUCUCCCUCCUCUCCUCCGACCUCCUACAUACUGUGCACCACUAUUCCCUUCAUCUAAACUAUUUGAAAUUCAGAUGCCUCCAUCUCUGAAAGGAGAGAUUGUGUGUGAUGGAUGGCAUUUUAAAACUCAAAGGAAAAUAUACAUUUACACCAUUUGUAUGGAAAUGCAGCAGCAGUGGCAGAGGCCAGUUACCUUGAGACUGUGCACCACUGCAGGAGAUGAUGGACUGGGCCCUGUGUUUGAUCUAGACCUACACAAUGUUCCAAUUUGCAUCCAUAUGUAGCUUAGUAGUGUGACAAAAUGUGUUGUAUGGCUUCAUUCUGACUGAUAUCCAGAGAGUGUGUGAGUGUGUGUAAUCAUACUGCAGCUCAACCUCACUAUGUCUGUUUUGUUAUCCCUGUUCCUCAUUAGUCUUUAUCUGCAAAUAUAAAUGCAUGUUUCGAUUCAAGUAUUCAACAAAACAAUCUACUACACAGAGUGUAGGGUUGUCCCACGAAAUGAGUCCCUUUUGCAACCCUUUGAUAGAAAUUGUGCAGCAAUAUAGGAUUUUUUAAAAGCCUGUUAUAUUAAAUGAAGUGCCCUUUAAUAUAGGCCAAAUGGAAAAUUAAAUAAAUCUGCCAAAAUUCUACAUUUUGACAUGUCCCUUUGUGCAAUCUCUGUGACUUCUCGGAAGACUUUAACCUACGUAGUCCUUUCCUGCAGUCAAAUGACCUACUGGCCUCAUGGGUGGAAUGUUAUUAAUAUUUUUCAUGAUUAACAUUUAUUAAUUUUUUACUCCGAAAAUCGGGUGUUUCUAUGUCAAACAGUUCUGUUAUAUUUCAGUCUUCUGUGAUGAAUAUAAAGUGUAAUAUUGGGAUGCAAACUCAACAUUUAAUUCAUUUCAACUCUAUAUCUGACAUGGUAAAGGUGUCUUAUUUUUUUAAAGCCCAUAACCAUGUGUGUGAGGUGUAUAGUUUUGUUUCAAAGUAGAUUUGUUCAAGACUACCAAGAAACACUCUGUGUGACCCUGAUUUAGCCCACUGCAGUAGAAGGUUAACCUCAACAUCAAGUUUUCACCAUUAUUUUGAGAUUGAAAGACUGAUGGCCCAACGUCAACAGUGAAGAGGCGACUCCGGGAUGCUGACCUUCUAGGCAGAGUUGCAAAGAAAAAGUAAUAUCUCAGACUGCACAUCUUAAUCUUUUCUUUUUAUUGGCCACUAUGAGAUAUGGCUUUUUCUUUGUAACUCUGCCUAGAAGGUCAGCAUCCCGGAAUCGCCUCUUCACUGUUGACGUUGAGACUGGUGUUUUGCGGGUACUAUUUAAUGAAGCUGCCAGUUGAGGACCUGUGAGGCGUCAGUUUCUCAAACUAGACACUCUAAUGUAUUUGUCCUCUUGCUCAGUUGUGCACCGGGACCUCCCACUCCUCUUUCUAUUCUGGUUAGAGCCAGUUUGCGCUGUUCUGUGAAGGGAGUAGUACACAGCGUUGUACGAGAUCUUCAGUUUCUUGGCAAUUUCUCGCAUGGAAUAGCCUUCAUUUCUCAGAACAAGAAUAGACUGACGAGUUUCAGAAGAAAGUUCUUUGUUUCCUGCCAUUUUGAGCCUGUAAUCGAACACACAAUUGCUGAUGCUACAGAUACUCAACUAGUUGUCACGCCCUGGCUCUAGGGACUCUUUUAUGUUGAGCCAGUGUGUGUAGAGUCUAUGUUUUGUGUUAUAUGUUUCAGUUUCUAGUUAAUGUGUUUCUAUGUUGGCCGGGGUGGUUCUCAAUCAGAGGCAACGUGAAUCAGCUGUUGCUUGUUGUCUCUGAUUGGGAACGAUACUUAGGCAGCCGUUUGGGCAGUUGUGUUUGUGGGAUCUUGUUCCGUGUUGGUUUGUGUAUUUGACCGUGGAUUUCACGUAUCGUUUUGUUGUUUUUGUUCGUGUGGUGAAUAUAAAUAAAGUAUGUUCGCAUUCCACGCUGCGCCUUGGUCCGCUCCUUUUGACGAUCGUGACAGAAGAUCCCACCAUAACAGGACCAAGCAGCGUGUCCAGGAGCAGACAGCCUGGACUUGGGAGGAGAUAUUGUACGGGAAAGGGUCCUGGACUUGGGAGGAGAUCCAGGCCGGUAUGGAUCGCCGUCCGUGGGAGGAGACGGUGGAGGCGCGCCGUAGAGAGGAGCAGCGGCGCCAACCGGGCCGACGUCGGACACGCAAGAGGCAACCCCAAGAAAUGUUUAGGGGGGGGCACACGGCAUGGACGACGGGGCUGCUGGAGGCAGCUACAGGGCGAGUUUGGGGAUUAGGAGAGGAGGCCACCGGGUUUGGGGGGCCGGAAGGGAGGUUGGCGGAGCCUAGAGGUAGAGCAGAGCCAACUCCCCGUACUCAGGCUAGGCAGCGUGAGAGUGGGCAGGUUCCGAGAUAUGCGGAGCUGCGUACUGUGCCGCGAGUGGUCGGGCACAGUCUGGUACGUCCUGUGCGAGCACUACGCACGUGUCGUGCUAAGGUGGGCAUGCAGCCAGGACGGAGUGUGCCGGCUCAACGCUCGUGGCCUCCAGUGCCCCUCCUCGGUCCCGGAUAUCCUGCGCCAGUGUCACGUGCUGUUGUGCCAGUACGUGUACACAGCCCUGUACGUCCUGUGCUGAUGCCUCACACAGUGUGUUAAGAUAGGCAUUCAGCCAGGACGGGUUGUGUCAGCUCUUCGCUCCAGACCUCCAGUCCGUCUCCACAGCCCGGUCCGGCCUGUUCCUGCCCCUCGCACCAAGCCAAUGGUGCGCGUCGCCAGCCCGGCCCGGCCUGUUCCUGCUCCCCGCACCAAGCCAAUGGUGCGCGUUGCCUGCCCGGCCCAGCCUGUUCCUGCCCCUCGCACCAAGCCUAUGGUGCGCGUCGCCAGCCCGGUCCGGCCUGUUCCUGCCCCCCGCACCAAGCCUAUGGUGCGCGUCGCCAGCCCGGUCCGGCCUUCCUGCUCCCCGCACCAAGCCAGUGGUGCGCGUCGUCAGCCCGGCCCGGCCCGUUCCUACUCUCCCGCACCAAGCCAGUGGUGCACUUCGUCAGCCCGGCCCGGCCCGUUCCUGCUCCCCGCCUCAAGCCUGUGGUGCGCAUCGUCAGCCCGGUCCGGCCCGUUCCUGCUCCCCGCACCAAGCCAGGGGUGCGCGUCGUCAGCCCGGUCCGGCCCAUUCCUGCUCCCCGCACCAAGCCUGUGGUGCGCAUCGCCAGCCCGGUCCGGCCCAUUCCUGCUCCCCGCACCAAGCCAGGGGUGCGCGUCGUCAGCCCGGUCCGGCCCAUUCCUGCUCCCCGCACCAAGCCUGUGGUGCGCGUCGUCAGUCCGGCACAGCCCGUGCCCGUUUCACCGGUGCCUGGUCAGGUACCGGUCAGCUGCUCCACACCGGAGCCUAAGCAAUCCGCUCCACCGAUGUCCAGUCCAGCUCCAGCCAGCGGGGCCAGACCAGACCAGGGACACUACGGGGGGGUUAUUAGAGGGUGGUGGUCACGCCCGGAGCCGGAUCCGCCUCCUUUUAUUGUUUCUUUAAACAGCACAACAGUUUUCAGCUGUGCUAACAUAAUUGCAAAAGGGUUUUCUAAUGAUCAAUUAGCCUUUUAAAAUGAUAAACUUGGAUUAGCAAACACAACGUGCCAUAGGAACACAGGACUGAUGGUUGCUGAUAAUGGGCCUCUGUACGCCUAUGUAGAUAUUCCAAUAAAAAUCUGCCGUUUCCAGCUACAAUAGCCAUUUACAACAUUAACAAUGUCUACACUGUAUUUCUGAUCAAUUUGAUGUUAUUUUAAUGGACAAAAAAAUUGCUUUUCUUUCGAAAACAAGGACAUUUCUAAGUGACCCCAAACUUUUGAACGGUAGUGUAGAUCAUCAAGGACAUCAACCACCCGAGCCACUGCCUAUUCACCCCGCUAUCAUCCAAAAGGCGAGGUCAGUACAGGUGCAUCAAAGCUGGGACCAAGAAAAUUAAAAACAGCUUCUAUCUCAAGGCCAUCAGACUGUUAAAUAGCCAUCACUAGCACAUUAGAGGCUGCUGCUGCCUAUUGAAAUCACUGGCCACUUUAAGAAAGGGAACACUAGUCACUUUAAUAAUGUUUACAUAUCUUGCACUACACAUCUCAUAUGUAUAUACUGUAUUCUAUUCUAUAAUAUUCUACUGUAUCUUAGUCCAUGCCGCUCUGUCAUUGCUUGUCCAUAUAUGUAUAUAUUCUUAAAUUCCAUUCCUUACUAGAUUUGUGUGUAUUGGGUAUAUGUUGUGAAAUUGUUAGAUAUUACUUGUUAGAUAUUACUGCACUGUCGGAACUAGAAGCAGAAGCAUUUCGCUACACCCGCAAUAACAUCUGCUAAACACGUGUAUGUGACAAAUAAAAUGUGAUUUGAUUUAUAUAAAACACAGGAAAAUCACUGGAAACUACACACUGUGACAAGACAUUUCGCUGCGUAUUGAGUCAAACAAGCUUUAUUCUGCCAUGUUCAAAACAACUUGGAACUCGGUACUGGGAACUCUGAAAUCGACUUUCAACUUCAGUGCGUUCAGGACAACUGGGAACUCACAAAAAAACAGCUCUGACUGGGAUUUGUUUUUUUGAACGUACCUCCAACUCAGAAUUCCAUGUCAGAAACUCUGGAUUCUUUCUAGAGCUCUUUCUAGAGUUCUGACUUUCCGACCUGAAGAUCACUGACGUCAUUAUAUUACCUCGUUUUUUUUUAUAGUUCCCAGUUGUCUUGAAAGCACCAUUCCUGUGUGAGAUGAGUAUUCUUUUUUUACUUGUCCUGGAAUUUGGAAUUGGUAACCAUUUUGGAUUGAGUAGAGCAUUAGAUGCAUACUCAAAACACUCUCACAUACUCUGUGUCCUCUGACUCUGAACAUUAAGUAAAGCGGGAUGUUGCAGAGACGUUCUAAUAAUGUCAAAGGAAAUCCAUUUCCUCAGGUCAUUAUUCAACAUCCGUAUUGAGGCAAAGGAACAUUCUGGUAACCAACAAAAUAAAAAUGGAAAAUGUAGCUGUAAUAUGCAAUAUAUUGCCUAUAAUGCAGAAUACCGCCUAUAUCCAUAUAACCAAAGACACUUACUACGCGUUUCCAAUCCUCUUUGCUAUAACUGUAGUGAUUACAGUAGGUCUGUGGGUUUAACUGAGCAUUUGUUGUGUUGUCUGCAGCUGGACACGGCACUUUACAACCCGGUCCGUUGUGCCCCGCUGAGCUUCUCUGCAGCCAGUACAUCUCUACCGAAGGGCUAUCUCUGGGUAAGCACCGCAAACUCUAAAUAGAUUCCAGGCCUGAACUGAGCUGCGGAGAGGAGGAGGUUAGGUUAGGGAAGGGGUAGGAAGUGUAAUGAAGGUGGUCCAAUGAACUAUGUUGGUUCAUGUGAUGAGUAACCUAGGUCUUGGCUUUAGCUCUGUAGCUCAGAGGGCUGAUGCGGUCUAGUGUCACACAUAAGACCUGUGAUCAAUAGCUGGUCGGCCCCAUUAACAUCCUCUCUCUGUAAUGACCAGGUGGCCAGUGGAGGUGACCGCAACCAUGGUCCAGUGGAAAUCUUCUCUCUGAACCGCUCCACGCAGCACAUGGUCAAGCCCAUCCAGCUGGGGGCGCCAGUCCUGUUUCUGGACCACAUGAUGGAGCCCUGUCCCACCGAAGAGGAAGAGGAUGGGGACGCUGCUGCAAAGAACACAGCCAGCACUGGCAACACCAUCUGUGUAGGCCUGCAGGAUGGCAAGUGAGUCAUCAUGUACACUGUAGUACAAACAAACAUUGCUGAAUUUUUUAUCCUGCAACGUAUGGAUUUGUUUAUCCCCUAUUCUCCAUCAAGGAACCAACAAAUCAGAAAAAAAGUGCCAGACUUAACAUUAAGUAUUCAGUUCAUUGUGACAUGUAUUGUCCAUAGCAAUGGUAGUAGAAACCGGAACGUAGCAGCCCCACACACAAUUCAGGUUGAAUUCAGGUUGUCUCAUGUUAUUGUCAUUGUCAUAUACCUAACAUUUCUCAUUAACUCCAUUUCCCAGCAUCCGUGUGUACAGUAGCGUGGAAACUGCCACCCAGUGCCUUCUGACCUUCUCCCACCCAGACAGUUGUCCAGUUCUGUGCCUGAAACAAACUUUCCUGUUCACUGGGCUGAGGAACAGAAAAGUUGCCGUUUACGCUCGGAAGAGUGGAUGUGAAACUGCGAACCAACUGUAUAAUCAUACAGUCAUAUCCUGCAAUUUUCUCGUAUAAUCAAGGUAAUCUAUUACAAUAAUUAAAAUGAACAUGAUGGGCCUAUUGCAAUGAGCAUUGGCCAGCAUACUAACACAAGGUAAUCUCUCGUUAAACCAUAAAUACGCGCUAAACUCACCUGCACAGGUGAUCUCAAUUGCAACCAUCAUUGGCCACCGAUUUAACGAUCCCUAAAGCGGAUGUGACUGUGGGCAGUGGCCCCAUCCGCACCCUCCUAAUCCUGGAGAACACUGUGUGAGCCAGCUGUGCCAACUUCGUCACCGUCAUCCAGGGCUCCAGCCUCCACACCCAGGUGGGCAAAACACAUCCUUCUAUACACCCUCAUUUACACAGGGCUGAAUGAAAGAGGGAGAGAGGAAAAGAAGAGAGACCUGGAGCCCGGGGUCAGUGUGAGUCACAUGGUGCUGGCGGGGGGAGGGGUUUGGAUGGCCUUAUCCGAGGGCUCAUACAUCCAUCUGUUCCACACGGAGAUACUGAAGCACCUGCACGAGAUCAACAUCUCAACACGCUCCACCUUCCUCAGCCCAGGCAAGUACAGUGUAGAAGGUCACAGGUCACCGACUACUUUUUUCACUUACAUUUUUCAAGUCCACCCCCUAGACACUUGUGUAGGUCUAAAAUAAUUGGAUACAGGUAUGAGCAAUCUGGUAAUAGGUCCACAUUGCCCUAUGUAAGGCUAAGUGGAUUUUUACCCCUAUUGAUCAUGUGUAUUCAUCGAGGCUAAGGUUGGAUGUGGACGUGGGAAGCUGCAACGUUGACAUGAACAGAAGGAAGUGACAGAGAGGUGCUUGUGUCUCUCUUCCAGGUCAGCAGGGCAGCGUCUGGGUCACCAGUCUACUCAUCAGUCAGGGGCUGCUGUGGGUGGGCACCACCCAGGGUAUCAUCAUCACCCUGCCCAUGCCCAAACAGGAGGGCAUCCCCAAAAUAACAGGUCAGGCUUGGCAAAGACACAACCAACGUUUGCACAUUAAACCUGGCAUCUGGUGGCAUCAAGUUACUCCCGUUGCGUUGGUGUGACUGGCUGUAUUUUGAAUUAUAAUUUUCAAAUAAAACCAAUCAACCAACCAACCCACCAAUCAACCAAUCAGGCUGUGUUUUCUAACUGAGGCCUUGUGUGCUGUUUGUCCCACAGGUAAAGGGAUGACGUCUGUAAACACUCACUGUGGCCUUGUGGAUUUCCUCGUGGCCACCUCCAGCACCCUGUCCCCAGACAUGCUCUUCGACACUGCCGACCAGGCCAAUGGGGGAGCGGGAGGAGGAGAAGGAGAGGGUGGGGAGCUGAGGAUUGAAUCGUCCCAGGAGUCACUCUCGCAACCGGACUGCUCCUCCCCCCAGUGAGAGCCCACCAAGGCCAAAGGAGUGCUGCUCCAGUAUCGCCUCCAGCUGUCCGGCAAGCAGCUGACGGCCGAACCUGGUCAGAGCCCCUGUGACGCCCCACCAGAAACCCCGGAUCACAGCCCAGAGGACGGCUCCAUCUACGAGCUGAGCGAGGACCCUGACAUGUGGAUGCGGGGGCAGUCCCCAGCCAGUGAGGGGCACGGGAAAGGCAAGGUGACCUUGGCUGCAGUCUUUUGGGGGUUCCGUAGGCUUGGGGAGGGGACUACAGCAGCCAAUAGGGAGCCAGAUGAAAGUACGCUCAUGGUUUGGCAACUCCCAGGCUGAUUGGUCGGUGGCUCCUCUGGCUCCUCCCUCUCACCUGAUGUAUUGCGUGCUCUAGGAAAAAGAGACACUAUUAAGCAAUAUAUUUCAGGAUGGUAGACUAGACUGUUUCAGGAAGGGCUAUAUACUAUGGUACAUUCCUCUACUACCUUGGUGGUUGGAUCUCUGGAUGGAGUCUAGUGGUGUGCUGCUGCUUCAAACUGACAUGUUUCAGGCCCUGGGGCCACGUCGUAGUCCCAUCUGAGGGAACUCUAAACUCUUAACACGCACUCUUCCAACCAGAUGCUGCUUUAGUCUGGCAGAUCUAUACCAGGGGGUGUUGUCAAAUGUGAUUUGAGGAGGCUCACCCAAUAUGACUUUACAUAUCUUUUGCAUGUGCUUAAAAAAAGGAUAAUUGACAAGUGAUUGAAAAGUGACAGCUAUGAACAUAAGAUUGGAUUUGCUUGUUGUCACUCUAAUUUACUCAUAUUGCCAGUGUAUCAUGUGUUUUGCUAACACAGAACAUGACAGCUAGUGGUUUUUUAUAUGCAGGGUGUAUGGGGGCAUGUGUAUAAAUGACUUAUAAACCCUUUACAACCCCCUUAAUUACUGCAGUAGGCUAAAUCAGGGUCACACAUAGUGAUUCUUAACAAAUCUACUAUGAAAAAAAAGUAUACACCUCACACACAUGGUUAUGGGCUUAAAAAAGAAGACACCUCCUGCACCUUGUCAGAUAUAGAGUUGAAAUGUAUUACAUUUUGAAUUUGCAUCCCAUUAUUACACUUUAUAUACAUCGCAGAAGACUGAAAUAUAACAAAACUGUUUGACGUAGAAACAUCGGAUUUUCAAGUUAAAAAUAAAUAAAAUCUAUAUUAAUUAUGAAAAAUAUUAAUACAAUUCCACCCAUGAGGCCAAAGAGGGCGCUUUUGGUCAUUGACUGCAGGAAAGGGCGACAGGGUACCUUAAUGUAAAGUGUUACCUGUGAACUUAAUGUAAAGUAUAGGUACAGUACACCACUGAUAUGGAUCCCACUUUUGGGAAAAAGGGAAUUCUACAUAAACAAUUUCUCAUAAAUCAACUUGAUGAUCAAUAUACACUGUGUAAUAAUGUCCUGUUCUUUUAUUCUGUUUGAAUUUUUUUAAAUGUCCUGGUUUCCAUGUCAAUAAACACACUGUCAGUGUUUAUUGAAGGAACUUAUUUGAAGGUACUUAUUUGGACAGUGCGUUUUACAGUAUGUCACCUUGUUAUUGGAAUAAAUAUAUCAUGGUCUUCAAGCUCUUCAUUUUUGCUAAUUUGUGAUUUUUGCAAACUCAGUGAAUGAUUUUGGGGAGGCAGUUGAGGUAUAAGCUAAUAGACUGUUAUCUUGGACACAGAGGGGGACAUGGGGCUACAUGCUGGGGAGUUUUCUCAUCCUCUGUCCCUAUUUUAUACUGUAGCCUACGUUUUAUUUAAUUGCAUGCAAAUAAAUAAUCUAAACGAAUAAUGAGCUAUUUUGGCUAUAUUUCAUUGCACUAACAUGAGGCAACUGUCUGUCGCCUGAUAGGAUUUGGCGCGCCUAUCGGUGCUUGUGUGCGCGCGCGUAAGCGUGUGUUGAGAGAGCAGAGAGACUUCAUUCAAAUCUGUUGCUUUUUUUAAUCCUCUCACUAUUCAGGAGUUAAUAACGGGAAAUGGACAUAUUUUUCUCACUGCUCGCUUGACAGAAACAGAAAACAAGGUCUGCGUUCCGGUGCAGAAUGAAGCGUUCCGAAAGGGCUUCCGACCCGGUGCCACAGACACGGUGGAUGGCACAUUAUCGGCGAUUUGUCGACUAAAAGUAGAUGGAAUGUAAACUUGACCACACACACUAACAGGGAAGAUGAGUUGUGCUUUUUCUCAGUGUCUCGUCUUAUAUAUUUUGGAUUUAGCAGUUGGUAAGUCUCAGUUUUUUAUACUAUAAGGAGCAUUUUGUUCUUAUUAGCUAAAACGUUUUUAUUUUAUUUCUAAAGCUCAAUGCAGUAGACUAUUUCACAUAAAUAUAUAUACACACACAUACAUAUAUAGAUACACAUAUAUACACUGAACAAAAAUAUAAACGCAACAUGUAAAGUGUUGGUCCCAUGUUUCAUGAGCUGAAAUAAAAAAUCCCAGAAAUGUUUCCAUACACUCAAAAAAAGCUUAUUUCUCUCAAAUGUUGUGCCCAAAUUUGUUUACAUCCCUGUUAGUGAGCAUUUGUCCUUUGCCAAGAUAAUCCAUCCACCUGACAGGUGUGGCAUAUCAAGAAGCUGAUUAAACAGCAUGAUCAUUACACAGGUGCUGCUUAUGCUGGGGACAAUAAAAGGGCACUUUAAAAUGUGCAGUUUUGUCACACAAUACAAUGUCACAGAUGUCUCAAGUUUUGAGGGAGCUUGCAAUUGGCAUGCUGACUGCAGGAAUGUCCACCAGAGCUGUUUCCAGAUAAUGUAAUGUAAAUUUCUGUACCAUAAGCUGCCUCUAACGUCGUUUUAGAGAAUUUGGCAUUACGUUCAACCAGCCUCACAACCGCAGACCAUGUGUAACCACGCCAGCUCAGGACCUCCACAUCCAGCUUCUUCACCUGCGGGAUCUGAGGGGGGGGGGGGGGGGGGGGGGCGCCAAAGCCCGCCAAGGCCCACCCAUGGCUGCAACCUUGCCCACUCAUUUGAAAUCUUUGAAAUUGUUGAAUGUUGCUUUUAUAUUUUUGUUCAGUAUAUAUAUAUAUAUAUAUAUAUAUAUGCAAGCAAAGAACCGUUGCAGCCUAUAAUCAUUGGAAAAUUCAUUCUGCAGGGUUUAGAGCUAUAGCGUAUCACAGAAGUAUGUAUGUGCACUACCGGUCAAAAGUUUUAGAACACCUACUCAUUUAAGGCUUUUUCUUUAUUUUUACUAUUUUCUACAUUGUAGAAUAAUAGUGAAGACAUCAAAACUAUGAAAUAACACAUAUGGAAUCAUGUAGUAACCAAAAAGUGUUAAACAAAUCAAAAUAUAUUAUAUAUAUGAGAUUCUUCAAAUAGAAGAGUGUGCAAAGUGUAUAUAUGUAUAUAUUAUCUACAUACAUACUUCUGUGAUAGGCUAUAGCUCUAAACCCUGCAGAAUGAACUUUCCAAUGAUUAUAGGCUGCAGCGGUUCUUUGCUUGCAAGUUUGAAACUCAUUACACAGUAGCCUAGAUUGACUGCAAACAGUGUCAAGUCAUUGAUAGCCAUCUAAAAGGAUUAGUUGAAGAUCUUUGUCCGUGAGGAGAUUUGCUUCAGUGUCUGUACAUUGAGUGCUCAUAUUAAUGUUUGAUGUAAACAAAAGUUGCCUGAUGCCAGUGAGGCUAUGAUGUCACAAUCCUAGUUACUCAAUCCAGUUUUUUGAUUGAUUAUCUGAGGGAUAAAGGCUGUUUGUUUGGCUGACCCAUUUUACAGGUAAUCUGUACUCUAAAAUGAUUAAAUGCCACUGCCCCAAGGCCUAGGCCCUGACACAAUGCCAGCAACAAAAACACUGAGGAUAUGCAUUAUUUCAAGCAUCUAAUAUUAGUAACAUGAGUUUGAGUGUGUGUGUGUUUGUCUGUCUGGGUCUUUAGUCUUGCUUGCCAGACGAAUGGCACUCCACCUCCAGCGGCUCGUGAGAUCAACUUGGUCUGUGAGUGGGAGAGAGAAAGAGAGAGAUAGUCAUCUCCUUGCUGCCGUUCUGUCUGUGCUUUAUUCACCCCCCCCAUCCCAUUUGCCGUAGCUGAGUUAAUGCUCGUAGGGAUCAACUACAUUAUGCCUUGAGUGAGCCCAUUUUCAGAAGAAUCAAGAGUCACAACAGCGCCAGGCUCUAAUUCUCUGAUCACCGUAUAAUCAGAAAACAUUGGACUAGGUAUGGGUGUACUGUAUAGAAGCCCAAAAUGUCCUCUGUUAGAUACAGCAGAUGACAGCUGUCCGUCAUGGUGCCUGUUCAGAAUAUGGGACCCGAGGAGCUUGUUGGUCAACGUAGCGCAGCACUAACAUGAGAUGAAGUGAACCCUGGGUAUUUGCAGUGGAUCUUCAACAGACUACUGUACUUAAACCAUUCAUCAUUAAGUCUGUUGCAGGAGAAUGUCUAUUUCCUGGUGGUUAUAUACGGAGUCUGGGCUCUAGUUGGGUGACUAGGGACUAUGGCUGUCUUUUGUGCACUGCAGAAGACAAUGGUGAUGCAGUUAAGGCCUAACCUCACCAGCAGUAACUGAUGAGGAGGAUGUUGCUGACAGCCUCAAUAGCUAGGUUAGGUUUAAUAGUCACCAAACAGAAGAAACGGACUGAAACAGAGCCGGACUACUUUGUCCUAUAAGAAACCCUUGUUAUUCUAUAAUAUAUUGAACACAACCCUGAUUUGGAUUGUAGAUUCUUAGUGGAAUGUCCCCUUUAAGAAAUGUCAACUGACAUCAUAAAAACACCUGAGUCAAGUCUUUUUGCCUUCACCUACAGGACUCCCGCUUACAGAGUUGAGUGUCAGCUCUCUUUGCUCCAAAGAGCUGCUGUAUAUUUUUUAAUGUUUUUAAUGUACGUAUGUAGCACAAGCCCCUCCAGCUCUCUCCUCCCAUUCAUGUAGUAUCUGGAGCAGGACGCAGAGCGAUGUGCCGAAUGGCUGGGUCUGUAGAUGAAAAGCUGGGGGAUUAGCGGGAAAAACAUGGUGAAAAAUAAUCCACCAUGAUGUCAGGGUGUAGAGGCCAAGGUGGGAGGGAGGAGCUGGAAUGCUACACUUGCAUUAUUAUAUAACACUGUGGCUGCAUUUAUACAGGCAGUCCAAUUCUGAUAAUUUUUUCACUAAUUAGUCUUUUGACCAAUCAGAUCAGCUCUGAAAAAUAUCUGAUGUGAAAGGACCAAUUAGUGGGAGAAAUCAGAAUUGGGCUCCCUGUAUAAAAACAGCCUAUUUGGUCUUUUAACCAAUCACAUCAGAUCUUUUCACAUCAGAUCUUUUUCAGAGAUGAUCUGAUUGGUCAAAAGACCAAUUAGUGAAGAAAAGAUCAGAAUUGUGCUGCCUGUCUAAACGCAGCCUACAACACUCACAAUAUUUACUUAAUGUAAAGCUAGUUGAGAUUAUUUCUGCGCUUAUGAAAGUGCAAAUGAAAACAUAUCAUUACAGUGUAUUAAUUCUCAGAGAGAAUGAGGUCGCUACUAGGUUUCUGUGGCCUCAGAUGCCUGUGCAGGGUAGAGAUAGAGAUUAGUGCUUCUAAGCACUAUAUCCUCUCUUGACUUGUUUAGGAGACAGGUUGGCUUUUAAUUCACCAUUCUGACCUUUUUAACCUGACUGAGCCACAGCACUUAGCACACAAUAAGACCACGCCAAUGGGAGAAAUAGAGUACCAGCAACAUGCACUAGUGGUGCCACUGGUUCUAACAUGCGUCCUUUGUCCUGAUCUUGUCCACAUUCUGAUUGUGGCCACAUUUUUAGACAGGUGUAGACGAUUAAAAGACACAUUAUGAUCUGAUUGUGAUCAGAUCUUCCUGACCACCUCCGGAGGUAGUCAGGCACGCAUUGUGUCUGGAUAUCUUACAAGUGUAGACAGAUCUGGACAGUGAAACCAUUUAAAUCAUCAUUAUCAGGUGUCAACAUUGACUUAUGCCAAUAUGUCUUAAAAAUAUAUAUAUUUAGAAAGAAUAGCUGUGAAAUCAUUUGCAUACAGGGAGGGACCAUGGAAUCUGGUCACAAUGCGGACACAGUUAUUAGACAGUUAAGAGACACAUUUUAAUACCAUGUGAAGACACAUUUCUGAAAAUGUGUGCACAAUCAGCACCACAAUUAAUUAAUGAACAAGCCAAUAAUGAAUCAUUAAAGAAAAGGGGGAAAAAGUGUGCACAUUAUAUUGCUAUCCCAAGCUGUAAUUGCCUGCAUGAGACAAAAUAGAUGACGCUUUGGCCACAUAGCCUUGAUAAUGCACUAUUAAUAAUCCAUUACAGCUAGCCCGUAAGGUUUGAUUCCCAAUGCUCCAGAGAGAGGGAGGUAUGGUCAUUUGGGAAGUAUAGUAACAAUCUUUGAUGGCCAUUAGGAAUCAUAGAAUAGAAUAGAACAACUUUACAUCUAAUGCAUGCCUAUAGCAUGUUUUGCGCUGGUCUAUGCUAUGGGUUUCAUGGAAGGGAGUUGACUAUACAUUGUGGAGAGAGAUGUGUGUGGAAAUGUGUGUAACAGAUAUUUUACUUAUUUCUUUGAACCACAGGCUAUUUAACUGUCACUCUUGAGUCCCUCCCUCCCAUUGUCAUUGGAGACACAGUGACACUCAAGUGCAAUUUCAGGACAGAUGGCAACCUGCGAGAGAUUGUGUGGUUUCGGGUGAGUAGGGUUGCCUUGAUAUCCCUGUAUGAACCGUUUGGUUGUUUGCAACAGCACAUAUCUUGUGUUUACUUCUAUGAGAAGCUUUUGACUAGGCCGGCAUUGUUAUCUACUGUUUUCAAUUGACACUUCAAUUAAAACGCUGACACAUCCAUCAAAGCUUUGUUCAGAAGAGACAGAGCAUUAGGUACAGUACAUAACAAGCUAUCUGACUUCUGAAGAGCUACUAGGUUUGAUAAGGUUUUUUAAAUAAUAAUUAUAAUAAUUAUAUUAUUAUAAGCUCCUUGUGAAACUAACUAAACUGAUAAAAGGGGCAAAAGAAGAGGCUUCAAAGCUCUCUAGGCUUCAUGAAUUGGAAGAUAAUAACUGUUCAUUGAUAGUGUUUUGUGUAGAAAGCUUGUUUUAUAUGGACACAUGCCCAGGAUGUGUAAUGUGAUGUAUUCUUGAACUUUCUAGGUGACAGAGGGUGGCAGUGCCAAGCAGAAGAUCUUCACCUACGAUGCCAUGUACAACAGCAACUUCUCCCAUAUGGAGGACUUCCGCAGACGAGAAGACCUGGUCUACCAAUCAACUGUCCGGUAAGCUUGACCUGUAGUCUGCAGCCUCAAGAAAGAGAGCAUUGGUCAGUGUUUUCACUUGCAAGCUUAGGCUUAUCUUACCAAUUUUUUAUUUUCUUAGAAAUGCUUUGAGUACACGGAAAAGCUCUUUACAACUCAUAUCUUGUAUUAUCUUCACUAGUUUUGUAUUUGUGUUGCCAGGCUCCCUGAGGUACAGAUGGAAGAUGACGGGCCAUAUGAGUGCCAUGUGGGGAUCUACGACAAGGCCUCUAGAGACAGGGUGGUCUUAGCCUCAGGCACCAUCGUGCUCACUGUCAUGGGUAAAAUUUAAGAAAAUUAAUGUUAUAUAGAUAUGAUCAUGUGGUACUGGAUAGGAUUUUGUGAGUGGCAGGUUUUGUAGCCUUUGUCCAGCAUCCAUGAUUAUUUAGUGUUUUAACAGUUUUCAUUACCACAACUAUCAGCAUUUUUAUCACCUGCCUCCCCCUACUGUUGAGAUGUGGGAAAUGCACAGAAGACUACUUUCUGCCAUCAACUACAGACAUGAAAAACAUGUCUGUUUCAUGUUUUAGUUUAGUUUUUUAUGUAGCCCUUUGGAAAAUACUUGGGGAAAAAUAAUGAAAAUACUAGACAAACUUUUCCUAUAUGUGGAUGGUUUUCUCGUUUUAGUCCCAGGCUCUGCUCUUUUCCUCCCUAGUGCCUCCUAAGUCCAUCUCUGUAGCGGCAGCAGACUGCCCGGCCCCCUUCAGUCGCUACGAGGCCCAGAACUUCACUCUAGUCUGCAUCGUCAUGGGAGGAAAGCCAGCCCCUACGGUGAGUUUGCCCACAUGCUAGCUGAGGAACACUCAACUCCGUUCUCUAAUAUCGAGGCAGAGUUGAGUUUUGAUAACUGGUCAGGGGAUUUGCUAGCAACAGCAUUGAGUCACCAUCAGUAAAUUCUUGUAAAAAUGUCAAUUCUGAAAACGCUUACCUGUUCCUG